CGACGACGACGACGACGCUGUGGUUGUUGCCGGAAUUUGUUGGAGCGUUGAGAGAAUUUUUGUUUUUAGUUGUUGGGCAGCGCUGAACCUGGGCUGUUGUGCUUGGUGGUUGUUACACUUUUUGAAUUUCCAAUUCCCCGGGGAAGUUCACCGAAAGACACCGUGAGCCGGGUCACCAGCAGGCAGCAGCGGAUCAGCUGUUCUCAGGAAUAUAUAAAAGGAGAUAUAGUAUCUUCUACCGAGCAACCCAGCUGAGAGGAUGGGUCUGCUUUCGCUGUUGCGCAAACUGAGACCCAAUCCGGAGAAGGAGGCCCGCAUCCUGCUCCUGGGACUCGAUAAUGCUGGCAAGACCACAAUACUGAAGCAAUUGGCAUCGGAGGAUAUAACCACGGUAACACCCACGGCCGGAUUUAACAUCAAGUCCGUGGCAGCCGAUGGCUUCAAGCUGAAUGUAUGGGAUAUUGGGGGUCAGUGGAAGAUCCGUCCAUAUUGGAAGAACUACUUUGCCAAUACGGAUGUGCUGAUCUAUGUAAUUGACUGUACGGAUCGGGCUCGACUUGCGGAGGCGGGCAGCGAGCUGUUUGAAAUGCUGAUGGACAACCGGCUGAAGCAGGUUCCUGUUUUGAUUUUUGCCAAUAAACAGGACAUGCCCGAUGCCAUGAGUGCCUCCGAGGUGGCCGAGAGAAUGAGCUUGGUCCAAUUGCAGGGACGAACCUGGGAGAUCAAGGCCUGCACAGCCGUAGAUGGCACUGGGCUCAAGGAGGGCAUGGAUUGGGUUUGCAAGAACAUGAAGAAGUAA